AUGUAUUGGCGGUGUUUCUCGGGCGACCACCUCCGAGCUUCCGCCGACAUUUGCACGCCUCAAAAUACCAUCUCACCGACAACGUGAUUCAAUACACCAACACGCCAUGACAUCGUGCAGGCAUCUCAAAAACCUUCCGCGUCUGCUGUACAGAAGAACAGAUUGCUCGAUUCGCUCAAUCUCAGCGAUUCCGAAAUGGCCGGCUUCUGUGACGCGAAAGUCAUCAACCCAAGCAGUUCCCAUACUUGAUCAAAACCCGCAUACAACUCUCGAGGAUCCGCUAACAUUUCCAACAACUGCGUAUGAUACCAUCAAUGAGGAUGUAAAAGUCGAAGAGGAGAAAAUCUCCGGUUAUGAUGCCUCGCGGUUUUAUCCGGUCCAAAUCGGGGAAGUUUUCCAGGGCCGGUAUCAAGCGGUGACGAAGCUCGGUUUUGGAAGCUCAUCAACAAUAUGGCUUGCCCGAGACCUGAGUUACAGAGACCGCAAAUAUGUCGCUCUCAAGAUCUACGUCCAUACAUCCCGCAACCACCGAGAAAUUCCCGUAUACGAAACAUUGUCACCAAUUCUCGGCGAGACCAGACACCGUGGAGGGAGCAACAUCAGAAUGUUUUUGGACUCUUUCGAAAUGAGCGGUCCUAAUGGCCGUCAUAAGGUCCUGGUGCUUGAAGGUGCACAAAUGAGUCUACGUGACUACAAGGAAGUCUUUCGAAAAGAUGGAUUCAAUGAGAAUUUCGUCAAAAGAACAGUCAAAGAGCUACUGAGAGCUCUUGACUUUAUUCACACAGAGGCACAAGUGGUACACACAGACAUUCAUCCCGGGAACCUAUUGCUAGGUCUAGAUGACGACUCACAGCUCCAACCUCUGGUCGCCAUGGCCUUCAAAUCACCUGUCGCACGAAAGCAAAUAUCCGAAUGCCGGUCAAUCUACCUCUCAGGGCUUAUGCGUCCAAGGCCGGGUCCAAUCCUCUUAUCAGAUUUUGGUGAAGCGAGGACCGGACUGGGACCCCACGCCGGCGAUAUUAUGCCCCUCCCAUACCGCGCACCUGAAGUCAUCAUGAGCAUGCCGUGGAACCAUUCUGUGGACAUCUGGAGCGUCGGCCUGACCGCUUGGGAUCUUCUCGGUACAAACCGGCUGUUCACGGCGAGGGAUGGAAACGGAGAAAUGAACGAUGCAGCGCAUCUAGCCGAACUCAUGGCAACGCUGGGUCCACCACCUCGGGAAUUUCUGCAGCGGAAUUCUGGGAGAGCGGCUGAGUUUUGGGACGAGCAAGGGAAAUGGAAAGGACUCACACCUGUCCCCAAGAAUCGCUCCCUGAAAGAGCUUGAGACGAAGCUUGGGGACAGCUCGGCUUUCAUUGCAUUUCUACGGCGUGUCUUGGCAUGGAUACCAGAGACUAGACCUACUGCAAAGGAGCUAUUGAAAGAUCCGUGGUUAGCCAGUGAUGACGGUGCUGGUGAGAAGGACAAGUCAAUAGAUGCUGAGGGGAAGCAUUACUAGUGGAGCCAACCUGGGGUCCAACAAGACCUGGAGAGCGCGCUACGAAGAAGUUAAUUUCUACUGGCUAGACGCUGGGCAUUCAUCUAC